UUGACAGAAUGUUUGAACUACUGUCAUCUGGUCCCACACAGCUGCUUGUUCUGAUAUGCUGGAUUUGUUCAUUUACAUAAUGAAUUUCUGUGAAGCUCUAAGGUUGACUCAGACAGUGUAGUGUUCAUUUCAAUUGUUAUAUUAACCAAUAAGGCCAGGAAGGGGGAAAAGGCUGUGGUUUGCAUUACAAAAACAAAGAGCCCUGAGGCUGGCUGAACAGACUUUCAAGACUGAGCAAGCAACUAGGAUGGACAAAGUUUCUGUUAUUUGUUUGUCUAAGUCUCACUGAUAUCAUCUGUUGCUCUUUAAUAGAAGAAACGAACAUUUCUGCUAGCUGUGAUUAAACAUAGCAGUGGGAACUAAUGAUGUCGAGUUGCUUGGUGGAUGUGAGCUCUCCGGUGUCUCUCCUGACUGUGCAUUCCUGUUAAAAUACACUGCACUGGAUUUAUUUCUUGAGAAAACUGCUGUUUCAGAAAAACAUACUAAUCAGACCCUGUGGCAAUAAGUGGGACUCAUUCUUUAGAACUUGGAAUUGGCUUUCAGAAAUGUUUGUUGCUUGCUCUCAUAUUUGAUUAAGAACUUCAGAAUUCCUGCACUUUCAAUGCAAAUACAUCAAGUAAACGAGGGAGUGCAUUACAUGUGGACCUGGAACUUGACUAACUUCUUCGCUGUUUUCUAUGUUAUUUCCAAAAUAAGACAGGAGACUCAGCCUUCAGCAGUUACAUGUGUUGUCUAUGGAAAUGCAGGAUCUAGCUAGCCCGCUCAGUCGAGUAAGUGGAAGCAGUGAAUCCCCAAGUGGUCCAAAACUUGAUAAGUCACAUAUCAAUAAUAAUUCCAUGACACCAAAUGGCACAGAAGGUGACAACGUGACAAUGCUGAUAACUGCAGACUGGUUGCUAAGUACUAGUACAUACACCACUGCAGUUAAAACGGAGCCAAUGAGCAGUAGUGACAUUGCCACAUCAACAGCAGACGGGUCAUUAGAGGAUUACUCAGGAUCAGUUAUUGAAAGUAGUGGCUUCAGCCCAAGACAAACUCACCAGUUCUCCGCUCAGAUUUAUCCUUCCAACAGAUCCUACCCACAUAUUCUUCCUACUCCAUCCUCACAAACUAUGGCUGCUUAUGGACAGACACAGUAUACCACAGGAAUGCAACAGGCAGCAGCAUAUGCCAGUUACCCCCAGCCGGGGCAGCCUUAUGGAAUUCCACCAUAUGGUGCAUUAUGGGCAGGCAUCAAGACAGAAGGUGGAUUGUCGCAGGCACAGUCACCUGGGCAGACAGGGUUCAUAAGCUACAGUCCCAGUUUUAGCACACCUCCACCAGGGCAAGCCCCUUACAGCUACCAAAUGCAAGGUGGAAGCUUUACAACCACAUCGGGACUCUAUUCAGGAAGCAAUUCUCUUACAAAUUCAACAGGGUUCAAUAGUUCACAACAGGAGUACCCAUAUUCAAGUUUUGGCCAGGGUCAAUUUGCACAGUAUUAUAACAGUUCACCGUACACAUCCCCAUAUAUGACAAGCAACAACACCAGCCCCACAACACCCUCCACAACUGCAACGUAUCAUCUUCAAGAUCCACCAUCUGGAAUAACCAGUCAAGCUGUAACAGAUCCAGCUGGAGGUGAUUAUGGUACAAUUCACAGCCCAUCAACACCUAUUAAAGAUUCAGAUUCAGAUCGGUUGCGACGAAGUUCAGAUGGGAAAUCACGCGGGCGUGGAAGAAGGAACAAUAACCCCUCUCCACCUCCAGACUCUGAUCUUGAGAGAGUUUUCAUAUGGGACUUGGAUGAAACUAUCAUCAUUUUCCAUUCAUUGCUCACAGGAUCUUAUGCAAACAGAUAUGGAAGGGAUCCUCCAACAUCAGUAUCACUUGGGCUCCGAAUGGAAGAGAUGAUCUUCAACUUGGCAGACACACAUUUAUUUUUUAAUGAUUUGGAGGAAUGUGAUCAAGUCCAUAUAGAUGAUGUUUCUUCAGAUGACAAUGGGCAGGACUUAAGCACAUACAAUUUUGGAACAGAUGGCUUCCCUGCAGCAGCAACCAGUGCAAAUCUCUGUCUCGCAACAGGUGUACGAGGAGGGGUUGACUGGAUGAGGAAGUUAGCAUUUCGUUACAGAAGAGUAAAAGAAAUAUAUAACACCUAUAAAAAUAAUGUGGGAGGUCUGCUUGGUCCAGCUAAACGGGAAGCUUGGUUACAGCUACGAGCAGAAGUUGAAGCACUCACAGACUCAUGGUUAACACUUGCACUAAAAGCACUCACACUUAUUCACUCUAGGUCAAAUUGUGUGAAUAUCCUUGUUACAACGACACAGUUAAUACCAGCCCUUGCAAAAGUCUUACUCUAUGGACUAGGCAUUGUAUUUCCAAUAGAAAAUAUUUAUAGUGCAACAAAAAUAGGAAAAGAAAGUUGUUUUGAAAGAAUAAUACAGCGAUUUGGACGAAAAGUGGUGUAUGUUGUAGUAGGUGACGGCGUAGAGGAAGACCAGGCCGCUAAAAAGCACAACAUGCCAUUCUGGAGAAUAUCGAGCCACUCUGACCUCUUAGCGCUACAUCAUGCCUUAGAACUGGAGUACUUAUAGCAGCAGCACAUCAGCACUUUGAAAACCAAGAACCUCAUUGUUACAUUGUUACCAGUGGACUACAUGGAAUACUCUUACAUUUGAUGUUAGCAAUGGUACUCUGAACAUUGACCAUUGCUAUCAAUGCUGACAUACAGUUGCAGUUUGUCUUAAUGUUUAACCAUUGCUUAAAUCGAGAAGAACCCCUUUCUGCCAGACCAGCUGUUUACUCCUGUACUGUGAAUACAAUACUGAAAGCCAUUAAAGUGUGUAACAGCUGUGAAUUCUGACACUUACAUCGUGUUACAAAGGUUCACCCCUGUGAAGACAAAAAUGUUCUUCAUUGAUACGAUUUUUCCUUUUGAAUACAAGAGUUCAUUAUAUCAGAUGAAAAGACGUAUACAUCAAUGGAACACUUACAGAAUGUUUAUUUCCCACUACCCAUGGUACUUUGUACAGCUGUACUUAUUUAUAAACUGUAUAUUCUAUCAUCACUAAUGAUAAUGAAGGUACCUUAAUUAGUUUUUUUUUUCAGUUUUAAUGCAAAUUUUCAUUAAUUUUGUCACUGCAGAAAGUUCUGUCGUGGAAAGCGUUGUCUAAUUUAAACAAACAUGUACAUCACUAUGACAAUCAUGUACAGAAAAUGUGUUUUGUGUAAAUUUGUAAUAAUUGGGCAAUUCUUUUACAUAUUGAUAUUGUUAAAGUAAAUGCUAUUAAAAAGGCAGAAAUGCCUUAAUAGUGAAGUAUAAAAAAAAGGCAUUUGAGCACAAUAUGUGUGUCUGUGCCUUAAGAAAGUAUUGGGUAUAAAUAUGUAGAUAACUGAUUCUUUUUGUAGUAAGUUUGUUAACCAACAGCAUGGAUGUCAAGUGUCAACAAGAUAUUUUCUUUUGUUAUGUUCCAUUCUCCUUCUGUGUUCUUUCCCCAUACUGCAUUUUUUGAAAAGUAGUUUGGGAAGUUCUGUGCAAUCAGUGGAGAUUCCAAGCAUCAGUAAGAAGUCUUAGCAGCAUAUUCUUACAAUGUUUGGCAACCUUUAUCACAGAAAUACUCCAUGUGCUGUAAAUAGCAGAUGGCUAAUUGCUGACCUCUUCAUGCUUAAAGAAUGUAGAGGAUAGAGUAUAUAUUUUUAUUACAAAAAUUGUUUCUUUGUUAUGGACUAGAAAGGAUCUGUAUGCUGUAACUAGGAAUGCAUUGUUUGCAUUCCUUUGUAUGAGACUUAUUAGACAGGUAAGAUUUGAAACAAUCAGUUUAGAAAAAUGUAGGCUUUUGUUGUAAUUGGGUCCGAUCAAUUUCUGUAACUGCAUUUGUGAAAAAAAAAAAUAAUAUUAUUUUCAGGAUUGUUAGAUAUGGGCAUACAUUUCAAUGGUCUUGAAGUAGGUAAUGCAUUGAGUUUCAGUACUCCAAAGGCUCAAUGUUUUAUUGGCCUGGUUACUGUGAAUUCAUUUCUUGUUCACACUUCAUCACUUCUUCACAAGACCUUUCACUUUCACCAUGGAAGGUUUCCUAAUCCUAUUAGUUUCUUUUUUUAAUUGUGGCUGUACUUUUCUUUUGCAUUACUUUCUGGAAUGUUUCUAAAACUGAUGUCUGUUAAAACAUAAAGCAACAGCCUCCUUAGUGGGGACUUCUUUUUGCUGCUAAAACAAUUUACUUUGGGGUCUCUUAGUUAUUUAUAAAACUAUCGCAGAACAGCUUUUUCCUUGAACUUAGCACACCGAUGUAUUAAGAUUUUCUUUCUUUGUGAUCACAAACUAGACUGAAAAACAACUGAUUAUUUGGGUUUGUUGUACAGAGUGUGUUUUGUCCUAAAAGAGAUGUGUACAUAUUUUUCUUAUUAAUUUUGUGUUUAAAUUAAUAAAGCAAUGAUUUGUCAACUGUUCAAACCAAGUAUUUUCCUAAAGCUGUAAUAACAUGUGGUUCUUUUCUUGUUUUGGCAGUCUCUUUAAAAAUUUUAAGUGUCAGUAAGUGUAAUUAAUUCUAAUUAUGAACUGAUUCAUACAAAGAGCUCUGCUGUUUGUGUGUAUGUGUGCGUUUGCAUGUUCGAUCGUGUGUGCAUGUAUGUGUGCGUGUGCAUGAGUGUGUGUGUAUGUGUAUGUGUGUGUGUGCGUGUGUGUGUGUGUGUAUGUGUGUCUGUAUAUACGUCUGUCUAUCUGACUGCAAGCAAAUCAUGAAUGCACAGCAGUGUGUGCAACUCUGUAUGAGAAGGAUGUAUUAGAAUUUUAUAAAUGUGAUUUAUUUAUUUUUCUAUAUGAAUCCUACAUUCUGUAUUAAUGAACUAGUCUCAAUGAGCUCAUCUAAUUAUUCAAAACCCUGUUGCAAAAAUACCUUCUGCAUUUCCAUGAUUUAUGUUUUGCUGUUUGCUGCAUUUCUAAUAUUAAUAAACUUGAUCUUACUUGCCUUAUGAUCACUUCACUACAACCAUUAUGAUAAUGAAAAGCCUGUAUGAUUUUUUUGCAGUAAGUGUUGGCAGGCAUUAGGGAGAAGUCAAGACAUUAUGUAAGUUUUACAUUAACACAAAAUAAAGAGAAACAGUCCACGA